AUGUUGCGUUUCUUAAACGGAUUGAAACAACUGUGUCUUGCUGUGGUAAAUUGGUGUAAUACUGAAUUGUCGAGCCCGGAGCAGCCGCCUCCGCAUGGUGGUUUUAAUAAUGCAGAAGAAAUUUCGAAUGAAACAGUUUUUACCGUAAGCGAUGUUGAAGCUUUGUAUGAACUAUUUAAGCAGAUCAGCAGUGCAGUUGUUGACGACGGACUGAUCACUAAGGAAGAUUUUCAGUUGGCCUUAUUCAAGACAAGCAGUAAACGAAGUUUGUCCGCAGAAAGGGUGUUUGACAUGUUUGACACAAAUUCCCAUGGAGUACUCAAUUUCAAAGAGUUUGCAUCUGCUAUGUCUAUUUUCCAUCCAAUUGCACCAGUGGAUGAUAAGAUUGAAUUUUUAUUCAGACUGUAUGAUCUCAAACAGCAAGGAUAUAUUGACAGAGAACAGUUGAAAGAAAUGGUGGUAGCUACUCUAUCUGAAUCUGGCGUGCAACUUUCAGAUUACGUGAUCAAUCGCAUCAUUGACAAGACAUUUGAAGAUGCGGACAGAAAUCAUGAUGGGAAGAUUGACAAAGAAGAAUUCUACAACCUUGCGCUGCGGCAUCCAUCUCUUCUGAAAAAUAUGUCUCUUCUGUAUCUGACAGAAAUCACAACUAAAUUUCCCAGCUUCGUAUUUCACUCUCAAGUUGAAGAUACUGAAGCAAGUGCACUUUCUUGCUAG